AUGGCUAUAUAAACAUGGCUGUGGGUGCCGUUGGACUGGCUGGUGAUCAAUUUCAGGAGGUAAAGUUAUGCAAGUUUAUAGGUUUGCUUUUUUGUGUAGAUUUAUUUGUAUGGUUAUUUUGUGCGGUCAACAUACGUGUCUGUAUUGCUUUGUGACUUCUUAGUUGGGCGGUUAAACUUUGUCAGCUAGCUUGGCCAUGUGUUAUAGGUAGCUAGCUCGCUAGCUGGAUAGCGUGAAGUCACGUGCGAAACAGGCUUUGCGAAAGCAAGCUAUGUGUUUUAGCUUGUUAAAUGAAGCAACGCAACCAGGGCUAGCUAAAGCAAUAUUUUGAGUGUGGAGUCUUUAAUGUUGUGACACGGCCAAAAACCAUGCUGGUUUGGAAAUGAAGAGCACAUACUAGCGUUUAACUAGAGAACUAUAGGUUUGCGAGUCCACGAUGCAUUUCCGUAGUUUAGCCCGCAACAGGGUCAUGUUAUUUUAACUUUGCCCUUCAGUGAUCUUUUGUUAAUUUUUCAGUUACGCGAAACGGCAACAAGUUGGAAAUGUUAAGGUAGCUCGCGAAGACAUUAGGAAACGAAAACAACCACCAGCGACGCCUAUUAAAAUGCCUGCACUUGAAACCUCGGUCAAUUUGGAAGUUAAACAAAUUCAAUCACAAGAAGAGACGUGGAAAACGCAGCUUGUCAACGGCGGGGCGACAGAUGUUUCCCUAAACUCGUUGCACAGGUUGAACGGCAGCGAUGAUGCCAGCGCGAUAAAACCAGGAAGACUUGUCGAGGCACAGGCUGAAGCUACAGUAGCCCCGGCAUCGAAUGGCGAAAAGGUAGUUUCAAAUGGACAGUCAACUGUAACCUCAUUGAGACCAGAGUCCCAAGCGGUACAAAACAACAACAGCCUAACACUGACGCCCAGCAGUUGCAACGCGCCAGUGAUUGUGUCAAAAACUCCAAUUUCCGCAGCGCUUUCACUUUCAACGCCGAAAACUGCAGUCGCUCCUUUCGCGAUGAAUGCACACAUUAUAAACGGCUCAACAAACGUGCAGUCGGCUGUGAGCAACCCUGUGCCCAAGAUAAUAAUGAACGCGGGACAGAGUGGAACGAACUCACCCGUAGUGCCGGCUAAUAACGUUGUCCAAGGAAACUCUUCAGUGACACGUGUAGGCCAGCCGACGGUGACUGCAAGCACUUGUGGCCAAGUCAAGGUUGAUAUGAGCUUGGCGCCUACUUCUCAAGCUGUGGUUUCUACAAUGACCGCUCCACAAGCCUCGAAGGUGACCAGAGUUGCCACUAUUACCCAGACGCCGGGGAAAGGGGCUGUCAUCGCCUUGCCACGGCCAUCCACACCUCAGCCGACCGGUGCGCCGCGAGCACCUCAGACCACUUCUGUGCAGCUGCCUGCUAAUUUUCAGAUCCCGCAAGGCAUGGUUCUGAUCCGGAGCGACAGCGGGCAGCUGAUGCUGGUGUCCCAGCAGGCCCUGGCACAGGCCCAGGCGCAGGGCAUCAUCCCCAGGGUGAACGCGGCAGCCAGGGCCCUACCCACUCCGGCCGCCGGUCAGGCAACGACGAUCGUUCGAAAUUCGGAGGUUACACCUGUAAUAAAGGUGCCCCCACCUCCAGCAAGCGGCACACCAGUGACCUCUUUCCAAAAGAUGUCCGUUUUAAAGGUCACAGGAAGUGCCGUUUCCGCCGCUGCAGGCCCGACUGUGCGGCCAGCUGUGCCUGCCACGGCAACGGUCACCCCGGCAACAGCGGAGGGACCCAAGGCCACGCUCACCGCCGCCAUCUCUGCGGAAACUUUGGAAAAUGUGAAGAAGUGUAAGAAUUUCCUGGUGACGCUAAUUAAGCUGGCCUCCAGUGGCACUCAUUCUGUUGAGAUGGCAAAAAAUGUCAAGGAGCUGGUGAAGAGUCUGCUGGAUGGAAAGAUCGAGGCGGAAGAGUUCACAGACCGGUUGUACACUGAGCUCAAGUCGUCUCCUCAGCCUUACCUCGUUCCUUUUCUGAAGAGGAGCCUCCCCGCUGUGCGUCAGCUCACCCCAAACUCGCAGCUCUUCAUCCAGCAGUGCGCUGUGCCCAAACCCCCGCCGGCCCCCCAGCAGGGGGCCAGAGCGGCCCCCCCAGCGCCCGCCGGGCACAGCAAGCCCUCGCAGCCCAGCCUGGCCACCGCUCCCGCCCCCAGACCCGCCCAGCCACCCAGCUCCACCCACCUGGUGAUCCAGCAUCCGCGGGGCGUGGUGAUAAAGCAGGCGCUGACGUCAGCGCCGCCGCCGCGCGUCUCCCUGCCCCCCGCGCCGGGCCGGACCCUGGCGAGGCCAUCUGUCACCGCCGUGAUGCAGUCGGCUUCCCACGCCACAGGAACCUUCAUGAACCAUUCCUCCGUUCAGGUGUCGAAAAUCAUAACCAUGCACCCGUCCGCGGCCCAGAGAAGCAGCUUCAGGGACGGAACCCCCGCGUCUUUCAGGGACGAGGACGACAUCAACGACGUGGCCUCCAUGGCCGGGGUGAACCUGAGCGAGGAGAGCGCCCGUAUCCUAGCGACCGGCUCGGAGCUGGUGGGCUCGGUCAUACGGUCCUGCCGCGACGAGCCCUUCAUCCCCGCGGCCGUCCUGCAGCAGCGGCUGCUGGAGACCGCUACUGGCCUCCUGGGUGCUCAGGAGGAGUCUCUCCUGGUCCCCAGACAUCGCCCGCCACCACGAGAUGAUGUUCCAUGUAAAUGUCAGCCCGUGAGGAGGAGCCGUUGGUCCGGAGCGUAACUCGAUCGCCCCCAGGCGCAGCCAUCUCCGUAUUCCCACAACUCCCAUUUUCCACCCCCACCCCCUCUAUUGUUUAAAAAAAAAAAAAAAAUAUAUAUAUAUAUAUAUAUAUAUAUGUUUCCAUUAUUCAUGGUUGCGGUUUUGUUCCACAACCCCCAUCUUUCUGCAUUUUUGGUGUACAGUCAUGCAUGUCCAUUUGUGAAAUUUAUAGUACCCGUUUAGAAUAACACUGGCUGUGGUUCCCCCCCCCCCCCGGUGUGGAUGUAAAUGUGUUAUUUGUGUUAUAUUCUAUUUAUUUUAAGAGUCUGGAGACGCUGGAUGUCUUCAUUCAGGACCUCUGAAGCCCCAUAACGGGCCUCGUCCUGGCGUCAGACCGUAUCCACGCCUGACAGCGUACCGGAUUGGACUCCGGGCGCGAGCCGGGUUGCCAUGUUGUAGCGGGGCCCACCCGUGGGGGGGGAGCGGCGUGUGCUCGGGCUAGCGCGAUAGCGCUCGUGCUCAGGGGGUUUCUGAAUGGCGUUUACGGGGGCGGGGGGGGGGGGGGGCGGUGCAUCCUGAUGCCACGGCGUGUCUCGAGCGAGCCGCGGCCGUCCCGUCCCGUCCCGUCCCGCUCUGCGAUCCUCGCUCUGUGUUUGAGUCCCUUCAGAUUUAUGUGAGGAUUUUAAGGUCAGAGCUGCCCUGCAGUCCUAAAAGCCUUUUUUUAAAAGCGAAAAUGCUUCAUUAAACGCGUGCCCUUCAAAAAAAUAAAAUAAAA